UUCGUGGCGCUGUCGUACUGCGCGGGCGACCCCAGCGACACGGUGCCGGUGCUGAUCGACGGGCAAGAAUUCAACACGUUCCGGCCGCUGGGCACGGCGCUGAGGAGCCUGCUGUGGAGCAUGGGGCGGGGCGACGCGUCGUGGGAGCUCGAGGACACGCUGUUCUUCUGGGCCGACCAGAUCUGCAUCAACCAGAGCGACAGCGCCGAGAAGGCCUCCCAGGUCCGCAUGAUGUGCCGCGUCUACGAGGCCUGCGCCUGGGCCUACGGCUGGCUCGGC